AUGCAUACAAUAGAUUGGACUGUUUUAGUUUGUUUUAUUCUUUGUUUGGUUGAAGGUUUUCCUUCAACAUCAUCACAACCACCACAUUCAGUUUUUGGUAGGCAUAAUAAAGUUCGUCCACGUUUUCGUCGUCGUGAAUUAGUUCAAGAAGAAGUACGAAAAACAAUGUUAAGUUAUAUGACAAGUUUAAAAGGUGAAAUAACUGAUGUUGUACUUGAAGAAAUGAUUGAUUAUUAUAAUAGUCAAACAUCAAAAUUAUAUCGUUUGGAAAAAGAAUUAACUAAUUUAAAAAAUUCUUCAUUACCAAUAUUACAAAAUGGUACAACAAUAAAUGAUUUAAUUAUGCGUCUAUCAAAACAACAACGUUCAUUUGCAUUAAAUAUUUCAACAAUGGAAUAUAAAAUAAAAAAUUUAACAAAUAUUCUUAAUGACUUAGUAAAUGAAUUACAAAAACCUAUACAACAUGUUCGAAGACUUGUUUCAAAUAAAAAAGAGUUUGACGAUAAUGAAACACCAAUAGAUUGUGAUGAUAUAUUUCGUCAACAAUCACCAUUUGUUUCUCAAGGAAUUUAUCGUAUAAAACCUCGAUCAUCAUCUGAACCAUUUGAUGUACAAUGUAUGUUUGAAAAUAAUACAGGAUGGACAGUUAUACAACGAAGAAUAAAUGGUACUAUUGAUUUUUAUCGUGGAUGGGAUGAUUAUAAAAAUGGUUUUGGUGAUUUACGUACUGAAUUUUGGUUAGGAAAUGAAAAAAUUCACCAAUUAACAAAUCAAGGACAAUAUAUACUUCACGUUGAGUUAAAACCGUGGGAUAGUUCAAUUCGUACAUCUGCAUAUGAAAAAUUUUCAUUAGAUAAUGAAAAUUCAAAUUAUAAAUUACAAAUAUCUCAAUAUUUAUCGUCAAUUUCAACGGCAGGUGAUUCACUUUCAUCACCAUGGGAUAAUGCUAAUGGAGCACCAUUUUCAACAUUUGAUCGUGAUCAUGAUAAUUUAUUUUAUGAUAAUUGUGCUUUAACAUAUCAUGGUGCAUGGUGGUUUACAAGUUGUUUUCAAUCACAUCUCAAUGGUGCCUAUGUACGAUCACCACUUGCCCUACAAAAUACAGCACGAAAUGGUUUACAUUGGAAUACAUAUGCUUUAUAUCAUUCAAUGAAAGAAACAACAAUGCGUAUUCGACGUAAACAUGCAUCUGAAACGAAUGAAAGCAUAACGAUUUAA